AUGCCGCUCCAUACCGGCCAUAAUUUGCGAACUAGAAAGACGAAGAAGGAGAGCAAAAAAAGGACGUCAUCGACAGUUUCUUCGUCUUCGCCUACAAUCUCACAGACCGGCCGUACCGGAAGUCCCAAGACCACCGAAACGGCCUCCUCCCCAACCGAACGAUCCAAUGGAUCUAAAUCAGCCCUGAAACCGCCGGCGGCUUCAGAGGUUGCGCCAGAUAAACCGGCGGAGCCGGCGAAAAGUGUGCCUAAUGUAUUCGAGUUUCUUGAUGACAGCGAUGAGUCCUCAUCAGAUUCAUCGUCCGAUGAUGGAGAGCCUGCCUCAUCGGUUGAGGCGCGAGCCAUUACCAAGAUUCAAUCUCCAAAGCCUCGAGCCAGUCCUAUCCCACAUGCGCUGUUGGCCUCGGCCAACACUCCCUCGAAAUCAAUUGUAACAUCCUCGCCUGCGCCAUCAAGAAGUUCUAGCGACUCACGUCCACCACCAGCGGCACCGGCGCCCGCAUCGACAGAGAAACAGUUGCAGGUGGCCCGGAAACAACCACCCUCGCGAAAAAUGUCCCCUGUUGAGGAUAUCCCUCCCGAGCAGCAUCAAUUGCAGCUUACUCGCCCGGAAAGUUACUAUGUCUCACGAGACGCUGCCUCCAUUCACCGGCCGCCACUUCCACCCUCUCCUCCAAGCAGCCCAGAAGAUAGUAUCCAUCGCGGCACAUCAGUCAGGCGUAGAGACUCGAGCGCAUUGCAAUCAACAUCAGGCUAUGGCCUUCUUGCUACCCACCUGACGCAUUCUGCCGGCGAGGAAAAGGUGGGGUUUGCACCUCUGUACCGACGCUUUGAAAGCGUCAAUCAUCGCGUCCUUUUACAUCUCCAGGAUGAGAUCUCUCAGAUGGAGGAGGACCUCAACACACUCGAUAAGUAUGAGGAGAUGCACCGGGUAGCCACCGCCAAGCAAGAAGGCACCCAGCCUUUGCCUGCUUCCCGUCGGGUUGAUGUUCAGUCCCAGGCGUAUUCGUCGCUGCAUUACCGACGCAUGGAUGUGAUGGCUGCUCUUAUUGAAAAAACGGAGCAGUACAACAAUGCCCUCAGUGCAUAUAGUAAAGUGCUUCAGACCCUACCCCAGGCCUCGGGGGAAGACGUCCAAAAUUAUCGGACAUGGAUGAAAGCGAAUACCCCCAUUGCCGCCGCCGAAAGCCGGUUUUUGGACCAGGAUGCCGACCUUGUAGCUUUGACUCCUCGUCUUGCUGCCUCUGCAGCGGCGGCACCCGUGUACAUGGCCAUUAUCAUCGCAUCUGGCGCCUUGUUGCUUCCCCUACUAGCAUUCAGCAUGAUAGCAGAGUUCUCAGGCCGCCUUGUUGUCGUAACUGUUACCGGUGGAGCGGCAGCUGCUAUCGCUGCGAAUUACUCAGCCGGGAUCGAAGCACUUGUCGAUUCAAAAGAUGGAUGGAGAUGUGCGACGCUGUAUUUUGGUUUUAUGACCGUCGCCGCCAUGUUUAUCCCCUAA